AUGGAGCCGUCCACCUUUCCCGGUGCUGAACCCUUCCCCGAUUUGCCCUACAAUAGCACCUUUCAAGACUUCGACUCGACUUCUCUCACGACCUCCAACGCCACGAGUCAAUCUCCGAUCAAGAACACGACUUCAAUCAUCAUAGCCAUUGCCAUCACCGCCCUCUAUUCCGUCGUCUGCGUGGUGGGGCUGUUGGGGAACAUCCUGGUCAUGUACGGCAUUGUCAGAUACACCAAGAUGAAAACAGCCACCAAUAUCUACAUCUUCAACUUGGCCUUAGCUGAUGCCUUGGCCACUAGCACCCUGCCCUUCCAGAGUGCUAAGUAUCUGAUGGAGACCUGGCCUUUUGGGGAACUGCUCUGCAAGGUUGUCCUCUCCAUUGACUACUACAACAUGUUCACAAGCAUCUUCACCCUCACUAUGAUGAGUGUGGACCGGUAUAUAGCCGUCUGCCAUCCAGUGAAGGCUCUGGAUUUCCGGACCCCAGCAAAAGCCAAGCUAAUCAAUGUUUGCAUCUGGGUUCUCUCAUCUGUUAUUGGGGUGCCCAUCAUGAUCAUGGCUGUCACUAAAUCUCAAGGCAAGUGUGGCAUUGUGGCAUGUGUCCUCCAGUUUCCCGAGCCUCAUCUCUACUGGGACACAGUCACUAAGAUCUGUGUCUUCAUCUUCGCCUUCUUGGUUCCCAUCUUGGUCAUCACCAUCUGCUACGGGCUCAUGAUUCUCCGCCUGAAGAGUGUCCGCCUCCUCUCGGGAUCCAAGGAGAAGGACCGCAACUUGCGCCGUAUCACACGCAUGGUGCUGGUGGUGGUGGCUGCCUUCAUCAUCUGCUGGACACCUAUCCAGAUCUUUGUCAUUGUUUGGACCCUGGUGGGCAUUGACAAGAAGAACCCCUAUGUAAUGGCCAGCCUUCACUUCUGUAUUGCCUUGGGUUACACCAACAGCAGCCUCAACCCUGUCCUCUAUGCUUUCUUGGAUGAAAACUUCAAGAGGUGCUUCCGAGAGUUCUGCCUCCCCUUUCAGUCACGGAUGGAGCAGAGCAGCUUCAGCCGGGCCAGGAACACUACGCGAGAGCGUGUCUCGACCUGCACUCCUUCUGAAGUCCUCAAUAAGUCGGCAUGA